AUGCCACCGACAUGCAAUUUAGUGGCAUGCGUCGGUCUCUCAGGAACUCUUAACUGCGUACUAUCUGCCAUAUCGUCUGGGGAUACUUCAGCUUUACGCCACUGUUUAUCUGGUGGACUAGGACAGAUUUGUUCCUGUGCAGCUUGUAUCACCGGUGUCAACAAUUUCUUGCAAUCCCUAGGCAUUUGCGUUAAGACCGGCGAUGAUGAACUGAGCGAUGAGCGCUCUGAUACUUUGCCCACAUCUGCACCGUCGAGUACUUAUGUGCCUGGGUCAACUUCACGGUUGGAUGAUAGAAGAAUUGAAACUGCUGCUGGUGGACAGAAAGAUACCGGUACCUAG